UUUAAAUCGAUUGCAAGGUAAUUAUUAAAUUACUGUUGUUAUUCGAAGGUUUUGCUGUAACGUAGUGUAUAUCUGGGAGUGGAAUUAGUUCAAUGAAUUUGAUUCAAAAGAUAAACAUGCGAUCACCACUGAUUCAACACAUCAGAUUGGCGCACAGCAGCAGUCGACCUUAUUGGAAGAAAAAUCCACACCUUGACCAGAUAAUCCGCGUGGAUCACGCCGGUGAAUUGGGCGCGGACCGCAUCUACGCGGGACAAAUGGCAGUCUUGGGCCGCACAGCUGAAGGACCCCUAAUCCAGCACAUGUGGGACCAGGAGAAGAAGCACAGGGAGAAAUUUGAGCAGCUCAUCAAUGAGUACAGAGUGAGACCUACUGUACUCACUCCGAUAUGGAAUGUGGCAGGAUUUGUAUUAGGAGCUGGCACAGCGCUCCUCGGCAAAGAGGCGGCCAUGGCCUGCACCGUCGCCGUCGAAACGGUAAUCGUUGACCACUACAACGACCAGCUGCGUACACUGAUGCAGGACCCAAACGUGGACAAAGAGAUCCUGGAGACGAUCACCAGGUUCAGGGACGAGGAGCAGGAGCACCACGACGCGGGGCUGCAGCACGGCGCCGAGCAGGCCCCCGGCUACCGCGCGCUCACCGAGCUCAUCAAGGCGGGCUGCCGGGCCGCCAUACAGCUCUCCAAGAAGAUAUAGGACCGGGCGUCACGCAGAGCGGGCAAUACAAAUAAUAAACGAAACCUUGUAAAUAUUGUACAUACGUCGUGUGGGCGCCGCCGCCAGCCGACAGCGGAGUCGUCAGUGAACUUGAAAAUCACAUAUAACGGAUUUUUUUCAAGGCAUCAUCUACUAACUAAGGAAACACUGGCUUCAAAAUAUUGUCUAUCUUAUUUAAUUAGAUUCUGACAGUUAGAGAGCUAGCGGGCCCGGCACUGCCUCGGCAAUCUAGACUAUUUAGGAAAAGUGACGUUUGAAAAAUAUCUAAAAUAAAUACAAUUUUAAACUGUAUAUGAUAUGGUAUAUUAUAUCAUUCGCCCAGGACUCCCACUGGGUUCCGCCACUUGUGCGUGUGGCGUCACCGAGAUUGUUCAACCCGGGACUGUACAGUCCUGGGACUGUCCGGGCUAUCGGGGCUGGUGUUGACGUCAGCACGCUGCUGGCACUCGCCUGAGAACCGAAUCUGUCACAACAAUACAUAAGCACUGUUCUCUGUGGUCACAGAAGCAGAAUGUUUCUUUGAGAUAUAAUCAUCAUCCCAGUCCGUUCUCGGUAUUACAAUAUAUAGUAGAGCGCUAGUUGACCACGGUACUGCUACAGAAAAGGGUGCAUGCGCAUGCGGAGUGAGCGGAGCACACACCAUCCUCGGCGCUCGUCCGUGACGUCACUGAACACUAAUACUGUCGUUCAGAAUGAAUAAAACACGUAUCAUCCCGGGUAACAGUGGCUCUUCUCACUGUGGUCGAUGCACCACUAGUGGACAUCGCGAGCUCGCGGACACACUCGUACUUACUAUUCUGGAUAGAGGGGGCGUUGCCCGGGUCAUAUUAUUUACCGUGAACAAAAGUAUCCCACCAGCUAGUUAAUCCGGACUAUGAAUUAUAUAUCUGCGAAAUGUCAUCAAAAUUUUCACAUUUAUGUAUAUUUUAGUAUAGAUUUUUUUCUCUGUUUAUAAAAAAAACAUAACUAUUAUUAAAUUUGAUUAAUAAACAGUA